AUGACCUGCGUCGCGCCAGACUCGCUCCAAGCUCGACUACGUCGUGGAGAUAUUCCUUGUCGUGGUGCGAACCUUGGUGGAUGGCUAGUCGCUGAGCACUGGAUGACAUGGGACUCGUGUUUAUGGCACGGCGUGCCCGAUGAGAUCAAGAACCAAGGGGAAUUUGCGACUAUGAAGUUUUUAGGCCAUGAAGAAGGCGACCGACGAUUUGAUAAACACCGACGAACUUGGGUCACUGAGUCUGAUAUUGCCGAAAUGAAGCGGUUUGGACUCAACACUGUGCGAGUACCUGUAGGCUACUGGAUCAUGGGUUUUGACCUGACCGACUUUCCUAACAAGCAGGAGUGGGCGGUAUUUGCUCCUCACGCACUUCGUUACUUGGAUGAAUUGGUAAACCAUUGGUGUGUGAAAUACGAUAUUGCAGUAAUUGUGGACAUUCACGCGGCUAAAGGUUCUCAGAAUGGCCGUGAUCACAGCGCUGCAGUCGACUGUGGAGUCAAGUAUUGGGGACAAUACCCGGAAAAUGUGGAUAAUACGGUAUACCUGGCCAAUUUUCUGGCUUCGCGAUAUCGCUAUUGUCCAGCCUUCCUUGGCGUUGGUCUUCUCAAUGAACCUGAGGUCCCGACGGCACAACACGUACUUCGAGCUUACUACGAACGUGCGUACAGUGAGAUCCGUGCAACUGGAAACGAUUGUGUGCUGACCGUGGCACCACUGUUAACGGAGCAGAGUCCACCAUUUAUGGAGGACUUCAUGCGCUACCCAAAGUACUUUAACGUAUGGCACGAAUGGCAUCCGUAUUUUCUCUGGGGCUAUGAAGGUCAGAAUCGCAAUCAGGUACUGCAAGCUAUCCGCCGUUAUGGCGACCAGAUAUCCUCGUGGAGUGGAAAUUGGCUACUCAUCGACGAGUGGAGUUUAGGCGCUCAAGAAUGCGCCUUUCCAAGUGCAGACCGUUAUGGACUCAAACAAUUUGCAUCGGCGCAACUCGAAGCUUUCAACAAGGCUCACUCGGGAUGGAUCUUUUGGUCUUGGCGUCAUUCAGACGACGGACACAAUCGUCCGACGGGUUGGUCAAUGAGGCAGUUGCUGCGAGACGGUAUCAUCCAGCUGAAGUAA